AUGACGAGCGAAGGACUUGUGAACGCAAUCGCAAAACUUCCAUUCCUUAAAACCCUCGAGGUCUCACACUCAGCGUUUACACAGGAUUUACAAGCUAUAGGCCACGCUUUCCCACAUCUAAAGACAUUGAAGCUAGAUUCCCCACAGUUGACACGCUACAUAUGUUAUCGCAACAAAUGUGAUGAUGAUUAUCCCCUAGAAAUCUCUGAAAGCAUAUGCCCGAACUACGCCACCUCCAGCUUGUUGGGGGGAAGCUUAACUAACACUGGCUUGAACGCCAUUGUUGAAGGUUGUCCCCACCUGGAACACCUUGAUCUACGCCAGUGUUACAACACCAACGGUCGGAAUUCUUGA